GUUUAGAAAACUAUUAAAUUGUAUCAAAGGGACAGCACGAUUAGAAAUGCUUAAAAUGUGACUUAAAAACUCAUUUUUAGUUGACAAAUGGCGGAUGUCCUUAAAAAUAAAGAUGAGGUUGGACAUAUUCUAGUACAGGUCCAGGAUGAUUUGAGACAACUGAAAAAGAAUCUGGUCCGACUGACUGUGCAAGAAAAUGGGGAAAUUUUAGACAUCCAGGCUCUGGAUACAGCUAUCAGCAGGACAGAACAUGGAAUACGGAGGCACGCAGAGGAUUAUCUUAAAACCAUUCAUAAUCAUGUUCUGACUCUACCAUGUAUCGAAGAGCCUGACAAGAAGACUACUACUGGCAAGCUUGUUACAUGGCAGCCACCAUAUGAGGCAAUACCAAACACACGUCCUCAGAAAAGCCAGAUUACUGGUGCUUCACCAGGAGAAAAGCAUAAGUUAGCGUUUACCAUGCGCCUGCUGAAUAACCCAUUUCACCCCAAAAACAAGGAGAUUGUGCAGCAACAUUAUGGGAUUCAGCUUCCUCGCCUGCACAAAAGAAUCGGGGUGGGAACUCAAAAAGUAGUCAUUGGCGCCACUGUGGGAAAUUUAGCCGCAAUACCAGGAUGCCAACAUCUCUACCCCAAACCACCACCGCCCUUUGAAGAGAACUUAAAUCCAGGCAAUGCAGUGCUGCUGCCCUUAGCUGCUGACCCCUCAUCAGUUCAAACCCCAGUACCGCCCAGAGCUGCCCAUUUGCUCAGGAUAGAGGACAGUGGCCAAACUAAGAUGGAUGAGUCAGAAAAGGCACGUAAAUGGCAGGUGGUUGUGAACAGAGAAGAUGGAAUGGCUCUUGGAAGGUCAACAGAGGGUCAAACAUCUCGGACGAUGCGGACUCCACCUCCAUCAGCUGCAUCUACAAGCACUGAUAACAGAGUCCUGACUCACGGGUUAGCCCGACUCCUCCCACUAAACCCACAGAACAUCCCAAUGCCAACUGCUUUCAGCAAAUACCCUUUCACCAUAGUUGAGGCUCAGAUUGAUACCAGUGCUCCAGGCUACUGUAGGUUUAAAAAGCAGUACUGUCUGUGCUGGGGGGCAAUCGUGGAGGCUUUGGACGAGCUGCAGCGGAUCCUGUUGGACUACUCUGUGCCACUGGCGCGAGUGUGCGGGGAGCGGCUUGCAGCUUGUGUGCAGAGCGGUGAUCUCGACCAGAGAGGUGACAGGAGCCGGUGUGGCCAUGUGGAGACGCUCCUCUCAGUGCUUGAGAACAGGGAUGAGGUAUGGGACCUGAUGUGUCAACCUGGCCAGCGCUACAAAGGCAACGGGGGCCAUCAGGCAGCGGCUGUGCGCAUCCAGACCUGCUGGAGGCGAUACUCGGCCCGGGCCGCCUACCUGCUCCAACUUCGCCCCAAAUGGGCGGCACAAACUAUUGCCAUGUCUCUGCUGAAGCGUGCCAAACUCAUGCAUUUGAAAAAGAGCCUGCAGGCCUCGCGCCUCCGCCACCUGGAGAACUACCACAUCAGGGCAGAGUAUUUGGCAGCCAACUGGAAACACAUCACCUGUGCCAAAAGGACCAUCAUCCACGUGCCAUCAUUGGGAUAUUCCCAGGCGCACCGUCUCAGUCUAAGGGAAUUUGAUUUACUCCAGAAUAUCCAGAUGGGAAGACUAUGUGACAUCAGAGAUAAGAACGUUGAGGUGAUCUAUGUGUCUCCGGUGAGUCUGGGAGAGGAUGUGCUCCAAUACUACACUCAUCUGCUGGGCCUGCAGGCAGCAAUUGAACUGGGGGAUGCUUCUGCCCCCCAGACGCACUGUGCCAAACGCUUCACCAUCCUCAUGCCAGAAGGACUGGAGUAUUUUUCGAACAAAAACAUGUGUUUAGCUUCGAUCCUAAAGUACAGCCCACGAACGCUGAAGCGCAUCAAGCAUUUGAUCCAGGGGAAGCAGGCCUACAUGGUCGCUGGCAUCACCCAUAUCGAUGACCUGGCCGUGGCGGAUGAUCUGGAAGUUCCACUUUUAGGCACAGAACCUGCUGUGGUCCACCUAUAUGGAACUAAAUCCGGAGGAAGACGGAUCUUCAGUAGUGCAGGAGUUAACACACCUCCAGGAAAAUGGGAUAUAUAUACCCUAGAGCAGCUUUAUGAAGGCUUGGCCCAGUUGAUGACAGAACACAUGGAAGUGCAGCGAUGGCUCUUUAAGAUUGACAGUGAAAUGGGUGGACAAGGCACGGCUUAUUGUGAUGUGUUCCACCUAAGAUGCCACGCUUGGGCACAACAACAAUACAAACACCACCGUCCAGAACAAUGGAGAAUGUUGAUGACGGAAGUAAAGAAGUCGGUGAUGAAAAAGUUCUUAGAGGAGGUUCCUCAUCUUCUGGCUUCCUAUGCACGGCCUGUCAACACAUCCUGCUAUCCCACCUGGGCCUGUUUUCUGGAACACUUCCUUAAGGAAGGAGGAGUAAUAGAAGCCUAUCCUCCUUCAGACAAUAUAACAUGUCUGACUGUGGAUGUGUUGGUGGAGCCAGGUGGAGAUGUAUGCAUUCUGUCCUGUGGAAAUCAACUGCAUGGACCCAGUAAGCUGGAAGUGGUUGGCUCCACCAUGCCCCAGACCUCCAUCAGUCCUGACGUCCUUCACUCCAUCUGCAUGCGUGUGGGUCAGGCCUGCCAGCAGCGCUCCAUCAUGGGCCACCUCUCUCUAGAUCUAGUCACCUUCAUGGAGCCCAGCAACCUGACGCAGCAGGUAUGGGCUGUUGAUCUGGACCUGGGCUAUAGUAACCAGCUGGCCAUGACCCAGGUGAUGCUUAUGAUGACAGGAGGAACGCUGGACUGCCGCACCAGUAAACUGGAGGUUCCGGUUAAAGAUAAAAAGACAUCUGUGUGCCAGUCCAAAGUUAAGAGCAAAGCUCAAACCUCGAUGACUAGUCGCUUUGCAGUGAUGGCCACCCGACUUAUGCACACCAAUCUCUCUUUGGUGUAUUACAGCACAUUUUUUCUGAUGUGUAAAGCACAAGGCAUAGGCUACGACGUCAAGGCGAGAAAAGGCACCGUGUUCGUCCUCCAUGACAGCAAAGAUAGAAAGAGUCUCGGCAUGCUAACGAUCUCGGAGCAUCUCCCGGGAGCGCUGCUGACCUUUGCUCGGAACCUGUCAGUCAUUCAUCAGGAAAUAUCAGGCCCGAAUUAUAUGCAAGGAACGAAUAAUUUCAAGGACCUAAUCAAGGACAUCGAAGACGUCCUGGGCAUCCCUGUACAAAACCAAAUCAAAUUUCAAGAAGAAGAAGAAGAGAUAACUGCAGCUGGAACAGACCAGAUAUCAUCUCAUACACUGCACAAAUCAAGACACACUUUUAGCCUGUGAUACAAAAGCAUUCAAUUACACAUUCAAUUACAAUCCCCAGUUGUUCCCAAAUAAUUUACUAGAAUUUAGCGACAUUAAAUUGAGGCAUUAUAAAAGUGAAUCAGUUUUUUUCUCCAUUCAUUUUAUAUAGUUCUAAAAUACUGUAUGUUUUUCCUUCUCAAACAUGUUUUACAGGGCAAACAAUAAAGCUAUAAUAAUUUUUUAGUACACCCCAUCUG